UACAAGAAAAAAAAAUGGAAAACAAACUUGCCAAAAUGUUGAAUAAUAAAGAAUUGUGCGAUCAAUUUGAAUUCGUUGAAAGAAUGAAGAAAAUCAACAAUGUGAAGUGAAUGUGAAAGAUAAACAAUUUUCCAUUAAUAUCGAUGAGAAAACGAAUGAAUUCUAUUUCAAAAAUCCUCUGGGAAAUAACAACGACGGCCUGAUUUGAAUACGAAAUAUUUUAGAGAAACAUAGAUUUGAAUGGGAGAAAAGGCACAGUGACAAAAAUAAUACUAUCACCAUAUUAACAUAUACAAAAAAAGAAAAGUAACAACAACAAACAUCAACAUUACAGGCUACAUAUCCAGCGGCCGUAGUAGCAAAAGCAAAAGCAUCAGCAACAGCAACAGCAGCAUCAAUACCAAUAUUCACAAAAACAUGUGUAAAAUUAUUUUCAAAAGUGGAAAUGAAUGGGUGUUGAACUGUGUUUAAGCGGACGCAUUUGGCGUUUUUGACGACUGGCAAUGUGUCGAAAUCGUGCUAUAGUAUUUUUGUGGCGCGCGUAAAAAAUGUCAUUUUAAUAACGGGGUGUGCAAUUAACGAUAUACACACACAUAUAUAAAUAUAUACAAAUCGUUUUAGAUAUUUAAAAAGUUCAUCACAAUUCAAUCAUUCCAUAUUCGGUACACUUAUUUUACUGAUCGGCAAUUCGUUCGUUGUCCAAGUACGGUUGAAAUUUAUGUUGUUUGUAUAUUGUGAUAGAAGUGUUUCAAUCAAUGACUGUUUAAUAAACAUUUCUUUUUCAACUUUAAUCGGUAGUGUUGAAAAAUAUUCGAUUAACGGUAAAACGAACUCAAUCAUAAUUAUCGGAGCAGCACAUUCCAUACAAAACAAAUUUUUUUAUGUGUUCAUGUGUUUGUGCAAGUACGUUGCGAUUAUCCAAAUGUGCAACUAAGGAGUUCGAGAUCAAAUGAUACCCGGAGACAUACAGAAAAUGAAGUUGGAUAAAGUGCAGCAAUAGCACAUAGCAAAAGAGUUGUACAAUUUAAGUUGUCAACAGAACAUUAGCAAUUCGAAAGCUAAAUAAGGUUGUAAAUCGACUGAAAGUGAAAUAAAAAAAAAAUUAUAAAACUUUGGACAAGGAAGCGAAUUCACUAUGGCUGGAAACAUAGUCAAAUGGUGGAAGCAUAAAAUAUUGGGCGGAUAUAAACAAUUCUCAGUGCUUCAAGAAUGUGCAACAGAUUCAGAAGAGCUGAUUUAUCCGAUACGAGCGCCGUCUUCUUGCAGUGCACCACCCGAUCUACUACUAACAGGCGAUCGUAAUAAAGAUGCCAAAGUACAAACAUCCACACCACGUAACGAUGCCAUUUCGUCUGAUAGAGUGUUGUUAGAGGAAUUUACAUGUGAUGUUUCGGUAGAAGGUGGCGGAAAAUCGACACAGCCAUUACAGUUCUCUUUCACAUUUUAUGAUUUAGAUGGGCAUCAUGGAAAAAUUACCAAAGACGAUAUUGCUGGCAUUGUAUAUACUAUAUAUGAAUCGAUUGGAAAGUCAGUGGUGGUUCCACAUUGUGGUAGUAAGACGAUAAACGUUCGUUUGACGGUGUCACCAGACUCAAAAUCAAAAUCGGCCGACUCCCAACAUUCGGUUAAGAAAAGUACGAAAAGACAACGAAUUAAAUCGCGUCGCUUAUUUAAAUGUGAUGAUGAUGAGGAGGGUAGUGGCAGUGGUUGCUUUGAUACCAAUCAAGAAACAAAUAAAACUACACAAUUAGCCGACGAACUAUUGCAACAUACUCAAAGUGUUGGCAUACAAUCAACACCGAUAAUUGGAACUGAAAAAUCCGAUGGAAUUGUUACCGAGAAAAAUCAACCAGAGCAAAAGGAUAAUCGACCGCAAAAAGAUACAGUUGACGGUCGAAUUGGAAAUUGUUGUGCAAAUGAAAGUGCAAAAAAUCAUCAUCGACAACAAAAGUCCAGCCAAACAACCGAAAAUAUUUACGAAAGUGCACCGAUUUCAAAUGAAAAUUCAGCUCCAACGUCAAAAUCAAAAUGCGAUAAAGUCACAUUGAAUAAUAAUAAUUCAUGUUGUCAAGAUUGUCGGGUAACAAAUCAAUUGUAUCAAAUUGAAACGGUACCCAUAUCGAAACCGUGUGCACGACGAAUUGGCCGAAAAUCAAGAUCGCGUAAGCAGAAAAAUUCACAAGAUUCACAUCCAGCCACAAGGAUUCGGUCACUUUCGGUUGGCAACGAAAAUAGCUUUCGAAACAGCAAUGGCGAUGCGAGCAGCGGUGCAAGCGGUAAAGAUCGAAAUGACGAAUGUCUGAACAAUUUACGACGCAAUGAUCUUAUUGAUAUCAUUCGUGAGAGUAUGGAAAAAAGUCGGCUAUGUUUUCAAUCGAAUGGGAAAACAAAUGUAAGUCCAUCGAAACAUCACCGGCAUCGUUCUUAUACGAUUUCAUCGAAAAUGACACCUAUUGAUCCGCAUUCCAAUGAGACAACCGCCAUUCAUACACACAAUGCAUCGAAAGCAAAUUGGUGUGGAUACGAUUCGAUGUUGCAUGCAAAAAUCUGUUCCACAAAUAACAUUAUUUCGAAUCCAGUGCUAGCGGCACACACCUCAAAACUCUUACUCAACUAUAAUUCUAAUCAUAAUAACUCAACGCCAAAUUGUAAUAAUAGUAAUAAUAAUAACAUAAAUAAUGUUCGAAAUUCACGAUCGCGUCAUCGUCAUCACACCAACGAAUUUCCCAUAUCGGCAUCGCCACAAGUGCAAGGCUAUACGAAAUUGAUGUCAAUGCAAAAUAGUAAAUUAAACACUGCCCUACUCAGUCAAUUGAAUCCACAAUUGACACAAGAACAAAAAUUAACGCGUACCAUUAGCCAUGUGGAAAAAUGGUUGGCCGAUGAUCAGACAAUGACCGCCGCAGCAACAUCCAAUAUUUUAACAUCAAACAAUCUACUUGAUAUAUCAAAAAAUGUAAAUUGUAAAGAAAAUAAUUUGUAUAAAGAUGCUGAAUGUUUGAAUAAUGUGAAUGCAAUUGGAGCAACCGAUAAGUUCAAAGAAAAUGAAAAAUUGGCAAAGAAACUCAACGAUGUGGGCUCACCGUCGAAAAAAACAUUCAACAAAGAGAUUUUGCUUACACGAAAAACACCAAAAUCAUCAUUGUCAUCAUCACAACGGAAUUCAUCAAAUUCCGAUUCACACGGAAAGGGUACGACAAAUGUAACAACUGGUGUUAAUACAACGGUGCCCGAACAAAAAGAAAAUAUCGUCGAAUACGCUUCCAUUCCGAUCGUUGAUCCUAGCCAAAGUGAGUGUGAGAAUUUAUUGCGCGCCAGUUCGGAUGAUAGCAGCCAAAUUGGAAUGACUGACAACGCAUCACUAACAACAAUCCAUCGAUAUGUACACAUUCAUCACCACUACUAUCAUCACUAAUUUUAUUUUUAUUUUAUUUUGUAUACUCCAUUGAAAAUUGGACUUCCCUCAUCAAAAAUAUAUAUUUGAUUGCUUCGAUUGCAUUGUUUUAUAUAUAGAAAAAAAAGAGAACUAAGUUGUUUUAUAUGAUUAGGCUUGAUAUUUUAUUAGCAUAUAUUUCGUAUUCGAAUCAAAGUUAGUAUUUAUUGUCGGAUUAUUAUUGAAUUGCAUUUAGAAAAUUAUGAAAUUAUUAAAGCGCUCUUUGAUUAACACGUAAAACCAAGAAAAUGAAACAAAGAUUUUUUUUAAAGUAUACAUUUAAUAUAUAUGGGAUUUCGUUUGAGACGAAACGUGACGAAACGAAAUCGAUCUUUCACAUUUUUUUAAUUUUUUUUUUUGAAAAACAAAAAAGAAAUAACAGGAUAAAUAAAAUAAAAAUAGAUACAAUUUUGCGGAACAAAGAACACAGGGUAUUUUGCGAUUGAUAUCAAUGUUAUUGUUGAAGAAAAAUAAAACGAAACACAUACUCACACAUGUAAAACGAUUUAAAAAAAAAGAGAAAAAAAAUGGCAGACAAUAACAACAGUUUUUGUAUCAAUCAGAGAAUUUUAUUGCUUAAAUAAAUAUUCACGGCUCAGUCGCGAAUACGAUAAUUUAAAAUUUCAUGUUGAUGAAAGCAUUUAUUUUUUUUAUUUUAAUUUCAUCGGAUUAAUAACAUUGAACAAGCAAAAUAAUCGACAGGAAUAUAUUUCCAUGAGAUAUAGAAUGAAAUGAAAGAAAAACAGUAUAUGAAGAUUCCUAUUUCUUCACACAUACACGCACUUGUACUGUGUAAAUGCACAUGAGGUUAGUUUUUAUAUACAUAUAAAGGGCUCAAAUGGAGAUGGAAGACAAGGAAUUUCUAACUCAUGUCAUACAUAUCGCUUACAUUUUAUACAUUAUGCAAAAAAAAAAA